AUGGAUUCUCUACCAUAUUCCUCAGAAAAGAUGUCUCACUCCACACGCCCACCGAACAUGGUUACGACUUCAUUUAUUUUGUCUAACCUCCACUGUCCAUCCUGCGUUUCCCAUAUUCAAAAUACUUUAUACGCCCUCGAUCCUCCCCCAGCCACCGUAUCACCAUCUCUUGUCUCUUCUGUAGUCACAGUCGAACACGACGCUGCUAUAUCGGUCGCGGACAUACAAGAUGCUCUGGAAAAUGCAGGCUUCGAAGUCUACGACGUUGCACCAGACCUCAGCCGCCCUCCCAUUGGAUCAUCAGCCGCAGACAUCGAUGGUUCGGAUGGUUACCUCGAUCGAGUUAUCAAUAGAUUUUCGUCAGACCAAUAUUCGCGGCAUGGGAAGAAUUCCAAAUGCUCUUCUGAGCACAUUGAGCAUUGCGAAGCAUGUCGGCGAGACGCAGCUGGAAAACCUCACGAUUCAAAAGCGUCGUCGUCUGCCAAUUAUGGAGGCAAAAAUUCGAAGAUGUACCUGCCCGAGAAUAACGAAUUGGUCACCAUUGACUCGGUCGACACAGAGGUCAAUGCAGACACAUGGCGGGCUAUUCUAGCUAUUGGUGGCAUGACAUGUGCAGCCUGCGUUGGAGCUAUCACUGAGGAGUUGGAAAAGAAAUCUUGGGUCAACAAAGUCGUCGUCAACUUAAUUUCGAACAGUGCUACUGUUGAGUAUGUGGGAGAAGGACACAAGAAUGAUAUAGUUGGGGCCAUCGAGGACAUCGGAUAUGACGCAGCCAUUGACUCUAUCGUCGAUACCAGCAAGGUUGUUUCCGGCAUACGAAGCGAACAGCGCACCGUCGAGAUCAAGAUAGAUGGAAUGUUCUGUGAACAUUGCCCUCCUCGUGUACACGUGGCCCUUUCAACAGCAUUCGGCAGCAAGAUCAACAUUGGUCGGCCUGUAUCCCUCCAGAACCCGGUGUUACAGGUCACUUACACUCCUCGGAUACCCGACUUCACUAUCAGAGACAUCAUCGCAGCUAUCUCAGGGGUCGCCGAAACAAUCAGCCCUUCAAUAUACCAUCCACCCACCCUCGAGGAAAGAUCUCGACAGCUUCACGCCCGAGAACAGUUGCGAAUCCUUAUCAGAGUUGCCCUUACAUUCACCAUCGCCAUUCCGACUCUGAUCAUUGGCAUCAUCUACAUGAGUCUAGUACCCAGCGACAAUUCAGGCAAAAGAUUUUUGAUGCAUCCUCUGUAUGCUGGAGUUAGUCGAACACAAUGGUCACUCUUUAUUUUGGCGACUCCAGUGUACUUCCUAUGUGCUGAUGUAUUUCAUACUCGGGCGCUGAAAGAAAUUCGAUCUAUGUGGCGACGUGGUAGCUCGACACCCAUGCUACAAAGGUUCUACCGCUUUGGAAGUAUGAAUAUGCUGAUGUCUCUCGGUACAUCCAUCGCGUACAUCUCAUCCGUUGCUCAGCUUAUUGCAGCUGGUGCCAAAGGGUCGAAACACGUGGAGGACAGUGGCUUUUAUUUCGACUCCGUGGUUUUCCUUACCCUCUUUCUCCUCGUCGGCCGACUCAUCGAAUCUUACAGCAAAUCCAAGACAGGUGAUGCCGUCACCAUGCUCGGAAAGCUGCGGCCUACCGAAGCACUUCUCAUCGAACGUCCUUGUGGAAGUCGAUCAAGUGAAGAGACAUUGACCGAAAACAUUCCGGCCGGAGAGCAGCUCGCUAACGAACAGCGACCCGAACCCGUGAAGAGUGUGAAUGUUGAUUUACUGGAAUUCGGUGACACAGUGAAGGUGCUCCAAGGAGGCUCUCCACCGUGCGAUGGGACAAUCGUUCAGGGAGAUUCAAAGUUUGACGAGUCUAGUCUCACCGGAGAAUCACGACUUGUGAAAAAGUCGAUCAGGGAUGAGGUAUUCUCAGGCACUGUCAAUAAAGAGUCUCCAGUUUCUGUAAGAAUCACUGGUGUUGCGGGAGCCUCGAUGCUGGAUCAAAUUGUUAAGGCCGUCCGUGAAGGUCAAACACGCCGUGCUCCAAUGGAGCGCAUUGCCGAUACCUUGACUGGCUAUUUCGUCCCGUUCGUCACCCUUAUCGCCAUUACAACUUGGCUGGUGUGGCUUGGAUUAGGUCUUUCUGGGACCCUCCCACGAAGCUAUUUAGGUCAUGACUCCGGCGGCUGGGUCGCAUGGUCAUUACAGUUUGCUAUCGCUGUUUUCGUUGUUGCCUGCCCCUGUGGUCUCGCAUUAGCGGCUCCUACGGCAUUGUUCGUGGGUGGCGGUCUCGCAGCAAAAUAUGGCAUACUCGUGAAGGGAGGAGGCGAGGCAUUUGAGAAAGCGAGCAAGAUCGAUUGCAUUGUCUUCGACAAAACGGGCACCUUGACCAUAGGCGGAGAACCGGUCGUCACAGACUUCAACGUUUUUCCUAUGGACUUUGGCAAGAAUAGCCAAGUUUCUAAAUCAAGUAUCCUCCGCUUGGUCAAAGAACUUGAGCAAGCCAAGGAGAGCAAGGAAUUUAGUCAAGAAGAGUCCCAAGCAACUAUUCUGGGAAUGGUCAAAGCACUGGAGGAGAAUAGUAGUCACACCGUCGCAAAGGCUCUUGUUUCAUUCUGCAAGAAGAUGACUGUAUCAGGUGUUCACGUUGAGCGUGUGGAAGAAAUUGCUGGAAGAGGAUUGGGUGGUAGUUUCGACCUUGGCGGAUCCAUUGCAGGUGCUGGAGCAGAGACGGUCAUCGGUAAUGAAACCUUCAUGUCGAUCAACGAUGUCGUCAUACCAAUACCUGCGCGAUCUGAACUUGAAAAGUGGAAGCAUGAGGGCAAAUCCGUCGCGUUAGCAGCGGUCAAAGUUUUCAACGACAGCAUUCUGGAACCCGCUGGUAAUUGGCAGCUUGCGGCGAUGUUCGCUAUCUCGGAUCCAAUCCGACCAGAAGCACCAGGUAUCAUACGUGCCUUGCAGAAGAGUGGAAAGGAUGUCUGGAUGCUGUCGGGUGACAAUCCAAUUACAGCCAAUGCCAUUGGAGCGAAAGUCGGCAUUCCUCUCACCAAUAUUAUCGCCGGUGUUCUACCCAGUGAAAAAGCCAAGGAAAUCCAGUAUCUCCAGAGAUCCCUCAAGUCGCGCACUUCUUCUGGGAAAGAUCAUAUAGACAAACGCGCUCUCAUCGCCAUGGUUGGAGAUGGCAUCAAUGACUCGCCCGCUCUCACAACUGCAGAUGUCGGAAUCGCAAUCGGCUCCGGGUCUGACAUCGCCAUCUCGUCGGCUGAGUUCGUUCUCGUCUCCAGUAACCUUAACUCCCUCAUCACGCUGCUCGAUCUAAGUAAAUUCGUCUUUCGACGCAUCAAGUUUAAUUUUGGCUGGGCUUUGGUUUAUAAUCUAGUGGCUCUGCCCGUUGCAGCUGGAGUGUUCUACCCCAUCUCGAGUGGAGGGAAACACAUCAGGUUGGAUCCUGUAUGGGCGAGCUUGGCUAUGGCGCUGAGUAGUAUCAGUGUGGUGUGUAGUAGUCUGGCUUUGAGGAGUCGCCUGCCGGGUGUUGGGUUCAAGGCUAGGGAGGCUGUUGCUGUUGACGAACAGGGUGAGAGGGUGACUGGGUGA